AUGUUGGUGUACAUUGUCUCCCCCCCUCUCUCUAGAACAUUCUCUACUUAUAAGCGACCGAGCUUAUUUGAUGCAUCCACACAUACUCAACACCCAAACUUUAAGUUUUAAUAUUUGUUUUGAUUGAAAGAAGAUCAAUGAUGAAGGAGUUUCAUGUAAAUGGAGGAGGAGAGAUCAUGGAAGAGAUUGAGGAGGAGGAGAUAUGGUCUGCACCUUUGUCGAAGCAGGAUCAGUUCCCUCUCUUAUCUUUGAAUCAUGUCUCCUUUAUCUGUAAAUCUGUAAGCCGAUCUGUUAAGUUCUACCAGGAGGUAUUGGGAUUUGUGCUCAUCAGACGUCCUUCUUCUUUUGACUUCCAAGGUGCUUGGUUGUUCAACCAUGGGAUUGGGAUACAUUUGCUAGAGAUGGAGACAACUCCAAGAAAGAAAGCAGUGAUCAAUCCAAAAGACAACCACAUUUCAUUUCAAUGCUCAGAUAUGGAUCUGAUAAUCAAGAAAAUAGAGGAGUUGGGCAUCAAGUAUGUGACCGCGGUGGUGAAAGAAGGUGGCGUGGAGGUGAACCAGCUCUUCUUCCAUGAUCCCGAUGGUUACAUGAUUGAGAUCUGCAAUUGCCAUGUUCUUCCUGUGCUUCCCAUCUCCUCAUGCCCCCUCACGAAGAUCCCAUCCAUCAACCAUGUGGAUUCGUCUUUCUAUGAGAAGAUGAGGUGGACGAGGCAGUUUUGCGGAGAGGAUGAGGCCUUGAUGAUGGACAAUCUGUUAGUUGACAUGAUGGGUAUUUCCUUUUAAGAUCCAUGGGAGGCAGGAAGAGAGCAAUUUUGUCCACAAAUGCCUUAUAUGUUGUACAGUGUAUAUUUUCCAAUUUCAAUAAUAAGCAAGGAUUACAUGUGCCUA